ACAACCCCAGUGUCGGAUCCCAAGCCCACCACAUAGCUAUUACCCGUCACCGCCUCUCACCGGCCCCUCAAUUUGUCGUUCGUCCCUCACCAGUCCACAUGGCUCCGGAGAGUGACCAACGCCUAAAGGAGAACCUGCGAAAAUCUCUCUCUCGCUCUCUCAGUCUCUUGCCGUAAAAUUGGGGCCGAUCUCCGUCUCGUCCUCUUUAUCGACUCUUCGCUCCCCGCUUCUCUCGUCUCUGCCAAACCCUAGCCCCACCCCCGCGAUCGAUCCGAGAAACCCUAGGUCCGGCGGCCGCCAUCGAUGUCCGUGGAGAGGUCCCUGGACGCAUGGGAGGAGGUCCAGCGCCAUGGCCAGGACCUCGCCGACCGCCUCGCCCAGGGCUUCACCGGCCUGAUCCAAUCGCACAUGAUCCCCCCCGCCUUCCCCUGGCCCGUCCCCCACAAGAAGCCCUUCGAUCUUGACCUCCCCGCCUUCCACGUCACCGGCCAGCCAGACCUCGCUGCUGGCGGUGUCUCCGCCAUCCUCGACAUCGGGAGCCGCCUCGGCCAGGCCGGGGCGGAGCUCGGCUCCUCCAUCAACGGCGUCGUGCAACAGUUCUUCCGCCGGCUGCCGGCGCCGUUCCGGCCGGACGAGGGCGGGGCCGCAACGGCCGUGCUGCCGGCAAGGCGUGGCGGUGAUGGUGGGGAGGUGAUGGGACUGGCGGUGGAGCGCUUUGGAGAUUGGGGUUUCUCGGAGGCGGCGGCACCCGCUGGUAGCUCGGAUGAGUGGGGUGAUGAAGAGGGUUUCGGAUGUGAUCUCAGAGCUCCGGGGCAUCUGAAGAGACCGCAGGGGAUCAUUAAUAUCACAUCAACAUAUGACACUAGAACCCAUGAAAUGGAAAGCUCCUUGGUUGCAAGGGGGGACUUGUGGAGAGUAGAGGCAUCACACGGUGGUUCAACCGCAGGAAGUGAGAGCUCACCUCUUUUCCUCAUUCAGCUGGGACCUGUACUAUUUAUUCGGGAUACAACACUUCUUUUACCAGUUCAUUUGUCAAAGCAACACUUGCUUUGGUAUGGUUAUGAUAGGAAGAAUGGAAUGCAUUCCCUCUGUCCAGCACUAUGGUCCAAACAUAGAAGAUGGUUGCUGAUGUCAAUGAUCUGUCUCAACCCUCCUGCUUGUUCAUUCAUGGACUUGCAAUUCCCAAAUGGGCAGCUUACUUAUGUGGCUGGUGAAGGGUUGACUUCUAGUGCUUUUCUUCCUGUAUUUGGUGGCUUGUUUCAAGCUCAAGGUCGAUAUCCAGGAGAAACAAGAAUUAGCUUCUCCUGCAAGAAUAAGCAUGGAACUCGGAUUACCCCGAUGAUGCAGCUGCCUGACAAGUCCUUUUCUCUUGGGGUUGCACAAGCCAUAGCAUGGAAGAGAUCUGGUCUCAUGGUGCGACCAAGCAUCCAAAUCAGUUUAUGCCCCACUAUCGGUGGAAGCAAUCCUGGAGUUCAUGCAGAGCUCAUCCAUUCUAUCAAGGAAGAACUCAAUCUGAUUUGUGGUUGUUCUUGCACAGUGCAUCCUUCUGCUUUUGCCUCAUUAUCUCUUGGGAGAUCCAAGUGGAACGGGCAUUUAGGGAGCUCAGGAGUAGUUAUCAGAGUGGAAAUGCCUCUCAGCAAUAUUGGCAGGCCAUCUUUGUCGGUUCAGAUAAACAGUGGUUUUGAGUUUUGACUCUUUAUUAGCAAAUGUAUAUAUAACUGUACAUAUCAUCAAGCGCCGAGAUCCAUAUUUGUGAAUAUAUUGCUUAUACCCAAAUGUUUGAUUAGAAAAUCAAAAGAAUUUUUUUUUUUUUUGGACCUUCUUGCCACCUCAUGAUUUUACCAAGAAAUUUACCUCUUGAAGAUUCCAGUGUUCAGACAUCUUGUCCAUGGCAUCUUUGUUGCUGAGAUAAUAGUCCAGAACGGAGAGGUCCUGACAGUUUGAAGGUAGGGGAAGCCAAGGUGAACCCAGAAGAAAAUUUGAACUCAGUCGACAGUAAAAUGUCACUUGCAAUUGGGACUAAGAGAAUUCUGAAUGUACCGUAGCAUGAGUAUUUCCUGAUAUUUGGUUUGCUCACCAUUUUUUCCCUUCUUUUGAUUCCUAUAACAGCUGCGUCUGUCUGACCACUGUUUUAUGAUGGUUUAUGCUUCCAUAUAGAUUUGUUCUAGUGUACAGCGCUCCAUAAGUGGAUAGGAUUGACACUUAAAUUAUGUGUAAACAUAUUGCAAAAGAUUUGAGCUCAUGCAAUUUUGUUCCCAGGAAAAUUGUAAAUACAACUCAGAUAAUGAUAAUGUCUAGAUUCAACUGAUAUAA